AUGUUGUCAUGGAUUCGACCAAGUGCACGGCUUUCUUUUUUCCAUUCCAAGGAUAACAAACUCCUGUUGACCAAGAAGCCUGGCGAAUCCGGUGUUAAGCAGCAGGUUGCGCUGGCGGAUGUCUGUCGCUCUGCGACGCCGGCGAAAUGCCAUCUGAAUCCGUUCCUCUUCAAUGGGCAUUUGCAGACUGCCUGGACCACCGUCAAAUUCGAUGAUGUUCCUGUGUAUUACAAGCGUAGGAUGUUUGAGGCCGACAGUUCGAUGUAUAAAGGGCACUUUGCAGUGGAUUUUGUCGUUGAGCCGUACGAAACGCCCAAGGACAACGCCGAAGCUACUGAUGAAGCAAGGAGAUUCACUCUGCCUUCAGGUCUUCCGGAACGGACGUCUUUCUUCUCAGAAGAGGAGUUCCAAGCUCUGCCUUCAGACGAUACGAAGCCCAUGCUUGUGCUUCUCCAUGGCUUAAGCGGUGGCUCACACGAGAUCUAUCUGCGCCAUGUACUCGCGCCACUCAUUGCGGAUGGGAAUUGGGAAGCAUGUGUGGUCAAUUCCAGAGGCUGCUCUCAAACCAAAAUUACUACCGGAGUGCUCUACAAUGCCCGGGCCACGUGGGAUGUUCGUCAAACUGUAAAAUGGCUCCGCAAAGCGUUUCCUAAUCGACCCCUGUUCGGAAUUGGGUUCUCUCUCGGCGCAAAUAUCCUUGCCAAUUACCUCGGCGAAGAAGGUGAUGCAUGUCAGCUGAAAGCGGCGGUGCUCUGUGCAAGCCCCUGGAAUUUAAAUGUCAGCUCGGCAAACCUCCAAAAGACGUGGCUCGGACUUGAGGUGUACAGUAAGACGAUGGGAUCAAGCAUGAAGCGACUAUUUGAACAGCAUGUUGAAGAAGUCUCAAGAAAUCCGCGAGUGGACGUGGAGGCAGUCAGAAACUCUACAUACUUGCACGAAUUUGAUCGGGCACUGCAAUGCCCAACCUGGGGAUACCCUACAGAAGGUGCAUACUAUCGAGACGCGGCAUCCAUCGAUUCCAUGCUUGCCAUUCGAAUCCCAUUCUUCACGGUGCAGGCUGAAGAUGAUCCGAUCGCCUCGGUCGAUGCGCUUCCGUUUCAAGAAAUGACGCAGACACCUUAUGGUGUCAUGUUGACUACGUCCUGGGGCGGUCACCUCGGUUGGUUUGAACUUGGUGGAGAUAGGUGGUUUGUGAAACCGGUGACAAACUUCCUGAACGCCAUGGCGAAGGAGAUUGACCUCGGGACGCCAUUCGUAGUUGAGCAUCCUGAGAAGCUUCCUGGUCAUAUUGCGAACUACUUUGACCUGAACAAAGAUGUAGACACGGCGCCCAAACCGGACUUUGACCCUAUGCGGCGCAAAUUGGCCAUGAAGAUGGUGCAAUAA